AUGAGGAAGUGGUUUAAUUCUGAGCUAAUUACUAGCUAGUUCUGUGUGGGCCAAAGUGAGGCGUAGAGUCGAAUGUCUCCUCUCAAUGUCUCUCUGCUGGUUCUGGCAUUCUGUUUGCUGCUUCAGUGUGGAGAUGUCAAGCCCAAUCCAGGACCAACAAAUCCUGGGUAUAAAGUAAUGCUUUCUUGUGGAGAAGAGAUCUAGAUUGUGGAAGGUCUCUCCAGAAAUCUGGAAGCUAUAGCUCUACCAUUGCUUGCUAAAAACUGGAUGUAUAUGAGGAGACAAUCGAGCUAAACGAAACUAAAGACACCUAAUAGUGUUGAAACUAGUGGCAGCAAUCUCUAUUCCAAAAACCAAUUAGCAUGAUGGAAAUUCGAAGCAUCGAGCAAUGUGUUUGUACAAUGGCAACUACUCCAGGGGCUCUGAAGCUAUAUCGAGAAAAUGUCGUGUCCUGGAUAUUGUCUACAAUGCCAGCAACAACGAGCCAAGACUCUAGUCAAGAACUGUAUAGUGUUGAUCGACUGCACUCGCUUCAAACAAUGAUUCGAGGCACAUUUUAUGGGAUUCCUCUAGGCCGCAAGAAGUCAAAGAAGACAGAGGAAUCGACUGAAGAUCAUGUUCUAUCUGUUAAGAAGUCCAACCACAUUCAGAAGAAGCUUGCUGCCAGGAAAUCCACCUCCAAGAUUGACCCACACGUAGAGGAGCAGUUCCUCACUGGAAGACUUCUAGCGUGCGUGUCAUCUCGACCAGGGCAGAGUGGCCGGUGUGAUGGGUACAUUCUAGAGGGCAAGGAGCUCGAGUUCUAUCAGAGAAAACUCAAGUCCAAGAAGGGAAAAUAAACUCUAUCAUGAAACUGUUUUCAUUAUGUCAUCUUGUAACUUUCCUGGUGUGUUUGAUGAUUAAUUUUGUUCUUGUGUUAUACUUGAUGGAUCUUCACAAGUUUAUUCAUACAUGGGUGGUAUUGUCACACCCAGUAUUAAA